CCUGCAGGCGGGAGAGAUGUUUGUGUGUGAACUAAUCUCCCUCACACACACACACACACCCCCUCGGUUUCUCCCAGUCACACUCGCUGAGCACAAAGCAGCGCUGCUCUCCCUGUCACCAGCUCACACACACCGCGCCUCACAGAGAGGAGCUCAGACAACCAACACACACCUUCUGUGCAGGAACUGAAGCAGGAAGAAAAGAAGAGAAGAAGAAGAACCAGGCUGGAGCCGAGACAUUUUAGGGAAAACCACGAUCAGGUUGUGAAAUUGAGGAGCGUCCCCCUGAGGCCCCCUGCUGACUGAUAACAAGCACUGCGUGGGAGCUCAAUGAGUGUGUGCUGCUAACCAGCGCUCCACCUGUGUGUGUGUGUGUGUGUGUGUGUGUGUGUGUGUGUGUGUGUGUGUGUGUGUGUGUGUGUGUGUGUGUGUGUGUGUGUGUGGCACCAUGCUGUGGACGGUGCUGCUGGCUCUGCUGGUGCUUCUCCUGCUGCAGACUCAGCUCUCUGUUUGCUUAAGGGAUCUGCGCAGCGGGGGGUCCGUUUCGCCUCUUCACUCUCCUCCUCCAUCCUCUUCCUCCCCCUCCUCAGCAUCAUCAUCCUCCUCCUCUUACAACGCUACCCAGCAGCGGCUGCCCGGAGCUAUUAUCAUUGGCGUGCGGAAAGGCGGCACCAGGGCCCUGCUGGAGAUGCUCAACCUGCACCCGGACGUGGAGGUGGCGAAGGCCGAGGUCCACUACUUCAACGUGGAGGAACAUUUCCGCCGGGGUCUGGCCUGGUACCGAGCCCAGAUGCCCUUCACCCUGCCGGGCCAGCUGACGGUGGAGAAGACCCCCGGCUACUUCGCGGCCCCCCAGGUUCCAGUUCGGGUGUGGGACAUGAACCCGGCCGUCCGGCUGCUGCUCAUCGUCAGGGACCCGGCGGAGAGGCUGGUCUCCGACUACACCCAGGUCCUCCACAACCGCCUAACGCAGCACAAGCCCUACCAGCCGCUGGAGGAGCUGCUGCUCCACAAGGGCCACAUCAACCACGGCUACAAGGCGCUGCAGAGGAGCCUGUACCACCUGCACCUGGCCCGCUGGCUGGAGGUCUUCCCCCUGGAGCAGAUCCACGUGGUGGAUGGCGACGCGCUCAUUCGGGACCCGUUCCCGGAGCUGAGGAAGGCGGAGCGGUUCCUGGACCUUCCACCCAGGAUAAACCCCAGCAACUUUUACUUCAACACCACCAAAGGCUUCUACUGCCUCCUGUCCGCUGGACAUGAUAAGUGCCUGGACGAGUCCAAAGGCCGACCACACGCUCCGCUGAGCACGCAGGCCUUGAAGAAGCUCUGCCGGUUCUUCAGGAAGCCCAACAAACGCUUCUUUGAGAUGGUGGGAAGGUCGUUCUCCUGGUGCUGAUGAAACUGUCGGGGACAGACGGAGAGGGAAACUGUUUCUGAUGGCAGAUGAUGUUUUUCUAAAUACCUUCUCAGGUAUAAAUGAGCUGCACUCACGUGGAAGUGACUGAAAAUGUGGUGGAUUAAACCCGAACCAAGCCGGUGCCUCUUCAGGAACAACGAAGCUACAACAGCUGUGCCAUUAAAGAGCUCAGAGCAACAUGUUGGCUCAGUUCACGGACAGGAGCUGAGCAGAUGGCUGCCAUGUUUGAUUGUUGCACUAAUGACCAAAUUGCAUUAAAAGUCAAUCAGUGUAAAUAUUCUCAGUUCAGAAGCUUUCGCUCUCAUUUCUAAACUGCUGUACAAAAAUGUUUGCUUUGUGAAACGCUUCGUUUCUCAUCAGCUGCUUUUGUUUCCGUUUAUUAGAAAAUCUUAGUAAAGACAGAUAGUCUUGUAAAAGUAUUCUUACCUUUACAACUUUUCACAUUUUGUCAUAUUACAACCAAAAACCCGACUCUAUUUUAUAAGCUACAGGACUAAACGCAACAUUUUGAAGUGGAAUAAAAUAAUUUCUAAAAAAUAUUACUAGAAAUUUUACAAAGUGCGGCAUGGAUUUGUAUCCAUUGUCUUUUAUAUCAGUAAACCUAAAUAAAAUCCAGUGCAAAUUUUCCCAUUCAGAAGUCGCCUAAAAUCCAUUUGUGAGAAAUUUAGCAUCAGAUUAAUUUACAUGUGAGUUUAGAGACCAGCUUUUUGGCCUGAACUCUAAAAAUCACAAAAAGAAAACUCAACGUUUGGUACAAAAUCUACGAGACACAGGAAGCAUACAGAAAAACGUUCUUUAAUCAGAUGAGACCAAAACUAAACUUUCAGGCUAACAUGCAAACAGCAGAAAACUGACAGUUCACAUCCGACCCCAACACCACAGCAGCUGCACUGUAAAACUGUACAAUUUGAAAUGAAACGACAUUCUAAAAGACUCAUGAUUAUCAAUGAAAUGUUUUUUUGCUAGAAUGAGGCGGUUUUGCAAAUCUACAAAGGAAACACUUUCUCACAUCACACAUGGUUAUACUACUGACGAAAAAGACGAAGAAGAAGACAACAGGAAGUGGACGAUGAUAUCGAUCCGUCUUGUUUCUUAUUUCUGACAGUCACAGAAAAAAUCUCAGCAUGUCAUUGUUCAUAAAGCGUUGUGUCAUUCAAAGUGUUGGAUCCAAAGCUCUUUCUCAGAAAUCCCUAAACAUCGCAUGAAUACAUAGCCAUGUAUUUCAAAUUGAUUUAAAUAAAAAAUGUGAAAACGAUGAAUUCUUUUACUCCACUUCAGAAAUGUGCUCCUUUAUGUUGGUCUUUCUCCUGACAUCCCAGUGAAACGCACUGAAGUUUGUCAUCACAACAUGACAAAAUGUGACAAAGGUACCGAUACUUUAGAACUGCACUGUGUAUAUAUAUUAAAUUUCUAGCCUUUUUAUAACGGCACAUUUUCAUUUACUUUACAAGUGAAGCCCAACAUGGUGUUAUUGUUGAUAUCUGUAGUUUUUUUCCUAAUGUCCUAAUAAAUGCAUUCAGACUUUCCUUCUGUCUCCUGCCUGAGUGCAGAGAUCAGCUUUAAAGGGUUUGAACACAUCAAACAUAAAUGAGCAAACGGGAAAACCUGAAGAAGACGUUCGCUGUCAGAGACUCGGUCUUUACAUCCAGGAUCAAAGCCAGCUCCGUUUCAUCACCGACGUUUUCCUGAUAGGAAAUUAAAUCACCACCGACUGAAAGCAACAGCUGCAGGUCAGCAGAUGAGUUCACUCCGUCUCUUCAUUCAACCUCCAGCCAUGUUUACUUCAGAUAACAGUAAGAAAAUAAGCACAGAUGGUUUAGCUAUCCACUAGUUAAGGACAUGGUGCCUUUUUGUAAGAUUUUCAUGAUCCUAAAGUCAGCUGCUUUGUUACUGUUAAUGUUUUUCUUUGGUUAAAAUCACAAGACUUUGAAGAAAGCAGUUUCUGCACCGUGAGGAAAACGGAGCAGAAUCAGAGCUGAAGGCUGACCUCCGCCUGCCUCCCUUCCACCGCUCCCAGGAGGAACCAGAAACACGGAGACAAAGACGGGCAGGGCGAAGGAUGGAGACAUAAACAGAUUAUUCUUUGAAGACGUGAACAGCCUUUCAUGUCUCCUCUGGUUAGGAGGACAACAUGGCCAAAGUCACUUCAAUCACAAGGUAACUUCACUUCAACAGUUCAACUUCAUGAGUUUGAAGAAGCUUCUUUGCCAACUUUGUGCUGACCUGAGAGUGAAUCUCACACUCAGUUUCACUUUAAAAAGUCAGGAUGAACAGACAAAAAGGUUCCCUUUCCAUGUCAGUGCUACGGCGUAUUGAGACCAAUCUGUCCACACCCAUAUGUCUGGAUCUGGAACGUUUCAUGGUGUCGAGUGGGGAAUCACAUGAGGAACCAUGUGAUUCUUACUGUGUUUGUUGGCCCAAACAAUUCAAACAAUUACUGAAAGCAAUUUUUAUAUGCAAAAACUAAACUGAACUAUUUUAAUCAGAAAGAGUAACUGGGAGGCUGGAGCCAAACAACUAAAACCAGAUAGAGACCUGAAAAUAACGUGCAAAAAUAAAUAUCAACCACAAUGUAUUUACCUGCCAAAUCAUAACAUGGAGGAAAAUAUUGGAAAAUACAAGACAAUAAAGAAAUGGGAACAUUUCUGAAAGAAGGUAAAGUUUUGUUUCCCUGGAUUUCAGUGUGUUUUGUUAUAUUUGAAAUCCUUAAAAUGAUUUUUUUCCUGAAUGUUUGCUUCGUCUAACAUGUUUCUUCACCUGUUUUCUUUCUCGCUCUGCGUUUGUGCCUCAGUUCUGGCUUCUGGUUCUGCAGACUUCAGCUGCAAAACAUGGACGCUUUCGGUUGUUUAUUUUAAAAAAUGUAAAACAGGAUUUUACCUGGGAGGUUUGGCACACAAACAGGUAACAGAUACAAAAAUAAUCAGGAACCAGAGAAUCGAUCAGGGAACAUUUCAAACACGGAUGCAAGUUGCACCCAAAGGUUUUACGGUUUUCCUCAUCAGCUUUGCAUUUGGCCUACAUCAAUCCCUGCAUGUCAGGCUGAAAAUGAAAACAAUAUGAAAAGAUGUUCAGGAUUUGGUACAGCAUGCAUUAAACAUGAGUCUUCCAGGUGAAUCACCAAGUAUGUGGGAAAAAAACCUUGAAUUAUUGAAAGAAUGUUUCACAAAUAAAUGCAGCUAAUUUAUUUUACAGUGAAUAAUAUCAGCAAAAUGUUUU